UGGAUCCCUUCCUCCCUCAGCCCCUCUCGCUGCGAUCCCAUCCCCAUACGCACAUUCCUCCAUGGAUUUUCCUGCAUAAUCCUUACGCCGGGGUGCCCGAACCUGUACGCAGGCCAUCUGCUCGACGAAAUGCGCCGGACAACCUCCCGGCGCUGGGGGCCUUACCGCCGCGCUGGCCAGGCAUCAGCCUCCGCCGCCGGCGCCGGCGCCGUCGGGGUCGACCGCCUCAGCGCCCUCCCGGACGCGCUCCUGCACCACAUCAUGUCGUUCCUCAAGGCGUGGGAGGUGGUGCCCACCUGCGUGCUCGCGCGGCGGUGGCACCACCUCUGGGCGUCUGUGCCCUGCAUCGACCUCCGCGUGCGCCACUCCUCCUUCCGCGAUGCCAACCCGCCGGAGGAGUUCCGUGACUUCGUGGACAGCCUCUUCCUCCACCGUGAUGUGUCCGCGUCGGUGGACACGCUCCGCCUGCGGUCCAGCGACGACUAUGUGGGCUUCGACGAGAAAGAUGCCAACUCGUGGAUCAGGACUGCUAUCAGCCGCAAAGCGCGGGUUAUUCAUCUUGUUGGACAUCGUAAGGGAGUCGCGUCGUUGGACCGCGUGCCCUUCGUCUCUUGCCACCUCAAGAUCUUGAAGUUGUCGUAUGCCAGGCUCGACGAUAGGAUCCUUGGACAGCUUUCUUCUAGUUGCAAAUCCUUGGAAGAGCUGGAUCUGAAGGAUUGCUUGGUCACUGGCCCUAAGAUUGUGUCUACCUCUUUGAAGACAUUAAUCAUGCUCAAAUGCACGUUCAAUUGGGACUUCUCCAUUACUGCUCCGAACCUCGUGCUGCUGCGCCUCAUCACACCUUCCGUCCGAGUUCCGUCAUUUAUCAACUUUGGGUCACUGGUCACAGGCACCAUCAUACUUGAUGAUUCUCUCUUGUGUGAUGAUUUUGGAUACAUCAGUGAUGAAGAUAAUUUUGAUGAAACUACUGAUGAUGAUAACCACAACAAUGAUAAGAGAGAGAGCUAUAAGAUUCAUGAUGACUGUUCCUUGAGUGAUGAUGAUUUUGGAUACAUCAGUGAUGAUGAUUUUGGAUACAUCAGUGAUGAUAACUUUGGAUACAUCAGUGAUGAUGGCAAUUUUGAUAAUUUUGGAUUUGGAUAUGGUUUUCCUAAAGGAAGAUAUGGACACAGUCGUUACAAGGAUAAUUAUGAUUAUGGUAGCGAUAUUGAUAGUGAUGACAAUACCUAUGAAUAUAGUGAGAUUGCAAAUGAUGCAAAGUAUGGCUACAAAGGGGCCAAGCUUUCCAGUGAAGAUGGUAAGUAUGGUGGAAACAGUGGUCGAAAUUAUAGUAAGAUUCUAGGUGGCCAAAAUAUGCUUGAGAGCCUUUCUACUGCUACGAGUUUGGACUUGUUAAGUGAUGCUGGAGAGGUGGUUCUGAGUAGGGAAUUGAAAAGGUGUCCAACUUUUAGCAACCUGAAGACCCUGUCCCUUGGUGAAUGGUGUAUGGCCGCUGAUUUUGAUGCAUUAAUUUUCCUGCUACAGCAUUCACCUAAUAUAAAGAGGCUUUUUCUCCAACUUAAAUUGAACUUCGGCAUGAGGAAGGCAUUGGAAACAGGUAUCAAGCUUGAGAGGAGAUCAUUUACUUGCAAAGACCUUAGAAUGGUUAAGAUCAAAUGCUCAAAGGAUGAUGGGAGAGUCCAUACCUUGGCACAUAUGUUCAGUGCAAAUGGUAUACCCCUUCAGUAUAUAUAUGUGCGUCGGAGCGGGAAUGCUCAUCUCCGCGGCCAGAAGUUUAUGAGGGAACUCGCCAAGCAAGAACUGGAUGAAUGUGGGGAUGACUGGAUGUAACAUGACAUCCAGAAGUUUACGGGGUCUUCUAGAUAUUAAAUCCUACCGCGAUCAAAUCGUCCCUUAUGUAGUUAGCAAGGACCUAGUAAGCACUGAUAAUGCUUUCAAAGCUUCACCGGAUCUUUUGAUGUCUUUUUUUGGUAGCAUGGAUGAUGGAACUAUUUAUCGGUACAAAUCGUCGGGAAGUUCUUCCUAGAAUCGUGGUGGGAUGAGUUCAUAUGUGUGGUCUGUGGUAACUUUGCUUUCUUACCGGAACAGAAACAAAAUUAUGGAUGCUCCUUGCCUGAAUUGUGGUGCAGCUGAGAUACGCUUUGUUAUUUCACUCUGAA